CUAUAGAGCGGGAAGUGUGGUCCAUGCUCAUCUUGUCUUGUCACAUCUGCUCCAUAAUAAAAGCUAUUUGCAUAGGGAUUUCUGUGGGGAUUUUAUUGCUGCUGGGUAUAGCAGUACCUGUCACAUAGGUCAGUCUCAAGUUAAUCCCACUGUACUAUGGUGUUGACUGUUGUCUCGUUGCAUCCUUUAACAUAAUUGUAGACUUCUGCUAAAAUCACUCCAUAAAAGCUGUACUUUGUGAUUAGCAUUAUGUUUCAGGAACUUGCCAACUAAGUACAGGUACGUGGCCUUGUGCUGACUAAUUGAGAAGUCAGACAGCUGCUAUUAAGCUAUUCUGAUGGCACUAGGCAACCUGACCAGUUAGACAUCUGCUGUAUAGAAGUCAACAACGUGAUGUACCUUUUGUAAACUUAACUGGGUGAGGCAGUGCUGCAGCAUUUGUGUUAGCUGACCAAUUUAAUGCAGUAUGCAGAUUUGUGAAGAGGAGCUCAAACAAGCCUGCAGGAUAAAGGGGAAAACUAAAACUGAUCUUCAUUUUCAGAAAGUAGUAUAUAUUUUUAGACCUGCUCCCCUCCAAAGGGGCUGUCAAAUGCUCGGAUUUCUGUAGCCUCUUGUCUACAUCCCCAUGCUUCACCUGAAACAACAACAAUCUUUGCAGUAAUGUUCUAUUACAGAGUUGCUGAGCUUAUAACUCUGGGGUGCAUUGUUUAGGAUAAUGUUUCCAAAAAUACAAUGGAUUUAAACCAAUGCUAUAAAAAGUGCUGACUGACUGAUUGUUACUCAGCAGACUGCCCAUACAGCUUUUUUGUUAUGCUCUACAAUCUGCAAGCCUCAAUGUACCAAUCCAUGGCUCUGUUUUUAGCCAUCAGCUCUCUACUCAGUGUUGAUUACUACAGCGCAUAAGUGCACCAAGUCCUGCUAUUGCCAUCUAGUUCCUCGCUUUCUCCUAGCGCUGUCUAGUUGCAAGACCUCAAAUAGGUAAAAUAAUCUUUCCAAGUGCUUGUGUUGCAUUUAACUUCUAAUAUAACAGCAGGAGCUCCCAUUCUUUGCUUUGCAUUUAAGUAAGUGCUUAACGAGUGGGGUGCCGUUCCUUGGUGUGUGCUUCUGGCUCUGCUAUAGAGCUCACGUGGUGUUCUUACAGGGUGGGCAGGUAGCUGCUUCUUUGGGCUGUUGUGUAGAGAGACAAAGCUCUGGGUACAGGAACAGAAUGUUGGGUUUUGUACGGCGUGAAGGCUUUGGUGGCUUUGUUUUCGAUUCCUCCCCAAAACCUGACCUGGUGGCAGAGAGGAAGCCCUGCGGGAGCUCUGUCUGUGCUGCAAGUGCAGCUGCCAAGAGCCUAGCUGAGGGGCUUGCGGCUCCGGCUGGUGCAGCAGGCAAUCCAAGACGGGUGCAGAUAGCUUCUGUCAGCACGGUUGGCCAAAAAUCACAGGUCCCAAGCUAACCGCAGGGCGUCUGUCGUGGGUCAGCGGGGCGUGCCUCUUCGUGGCUCUUUUUAGUCCUUUUGUGGAAAUGAGAGGGCUGCUUACCCUCCCAGGAGCCUGUCCCAGGGCUCCAGCUGGUUGGAGGGCACCCUGUGCCCUGCCCAGGGCCGGCGCUGCGCCUGGCACUUUCCUGCCCUGCCCUCGGGGCGGCCGCGCGGGGUCGGAGGUGUAACCCUGCCCCUCUGGGCGGCCGUGAGGGGUGCGGCGGGACUGCACUUAGGUGGCCCCGCUCUCUGCGGAGGAAGAAAGGCAGUCCCGGUUGGCUCCAGGAGCCUGAUCGAAAGGGAAGAUGAUUUGUUGUGCAUGAAAUCAGCACGUGAGAAGAUCUAAUUGGAACUGUAGAGUUCACUUGAAGAUGCCACAAAUGGAAGAACUCAUCUGCAAGUCUCGUCUUUCAGAGCUGCUUGCUCUCUUCCAGUACAAGAAGAAUGUUUUUGAGAAAGAUGACUUGUGAAAACUGUGCAGGAAUCUGGGUUUAUGAUACUGAGUGAAAGACAUCAUGCCUUACAGCGGACACUUAUCCUGAAGGACUGACACUGUGCUCUCAAAGUAAACUACAAGCACUCUUUAUAAACAAAACAGAGAAGACAAAAAUAAUUCUGAUCCUGAACAGGAAUAAGAAUUACAAGAACUGCAUCAGAAUGUUUGUUAGUCCUAGAAGAGUCAGAAAAUGCCAGUUCUUGCAAAUAUUUGCCACUUGCUUCAUACUGUGUGUCAUGAUUUUUUGGGGACCAUUUGAUAAUCGCUUUGUAAGCCAUAUGAAGUCCUAUUCAUACAGAUACCUCAUAAACAGCUACAAUUUUGUGAAUGAAAGCCUGUCCAUCAGUAGGGAUAACAUGGACAGAGUAGCAAGCUACCAGUACUUGAUGAACCACAGAGAGAAAUGUCAACAGCAGGAUGUCCUUCUCCUGUUGUUUGUGAAGUCUUCUCCUGAAAACCGUCAUCGGAGAGAUGCAAUUCGACAGACUUGGGGUAAUGAGAAAUAUGUUCGUUCUAAACUUAAUGCCAACAUUAAAACCCUUUUUGCUUUGGGACAACCAACAGAUCAUUUGCGGCAAAGAGACCUUUAUCUGGAAGACCAGAAAUACAGUGAUUUGAUUCAGCAAGACUUCUUGGAUACUUUUCACAACCUUACUACUAAAUUACUUCUACAGUUCAGCUGGGUAAAUGCCUACUGUCCUCAUGCCAGGUUUAUUAUGUCUGCAGAUGAUGAUAUAUUUAUCCAUAUGCCAAAUCUUGUUGCUUAUCUCCAAAGACUAGCACAAAUGGGUGUUCAGGAUCUCUGGAUUGGCCGUGUUCAUCGUGGAUCCCCUCCCAUAAGAGAUAAGACUAGCAAAUACUAUGUUCCAUAUGAAAUGUACCAGUGGCCCUCUUAUCCUGACUACACAGCAGGAGCUGCAUAUGUAAUAUCAAGUGAUGUAGCAGCUAAAGUAUAUGAGGCUUCAUUGACUCUCAAUACCAGUCUUUAUAUAGAUGAUGUCUUCAUGGGCCUCUGUGCCAACAAAAUGGGAAUUGUACCACAGUAUCACGCCUUUUUUUCUGGGGAAGGAAAGGCUCCAUAUCAUCCCUGCAUUUACAACAGAAUGAUGACAUCUCACGGACACGUGGAUGACCUUCACUAUCUCUGGAAGCAGGCUACCGAUCCCAAAGUUAAAAAGCUUUCCUCGGGGCUCUGGAGUAGAAUAUACUGCAGAAUAGUUAAUAUUAUGCUUCUCUGUAAGCUGUAUUAUGAGAACACGUAUCCUUGUUCAGCUGCAUUUUCUUAAUACUUGAAUAUCUGUGUUGAAGAUCCACUGAGCCAAAACAGAGCAACAACUUUUUUUGCUGUUUAUUCAAAAUAUACGUAAAUGUGAAUGGCUGGGGUGGGCUUGGGAGGGGUGGGAUAGGAAAUGAAGCAGGGUAGUGGGAGGAUGGUGCCAAGUUCUGUUGAGAAACUGUUAUUGGAAUAGCUCUCCUAUUGUACCACAACUUUCUACAUUGUAGCCUGCUUUUAUUACUAUUAUUUUUUUACAGUCUUCACAGGAUGAGAAUCUGAAUUAUAUGAUCAUUAAAUGAACUAUAAUGGACUUCUAGACUUUGAAAUGGUUGGUGAAAAUAUCACUUAUUUUGAAUUUGUUAGCAAGUCCUAAGGUUUUUUUCUUUUUAAAAAGCUAAGGCAUGUGGUUUUUUUUAAAAAGUCUACUGCAUGAAAAUGAAGUAGACCUUUCAAAAUGAGAGGAAGGAGAACUUGUGACUCAAUUUAGUAGUUCAAGGCAAUGUAAAUUGGUUACAUAUAUUCAGUAUUUUUGAAUGCUUCAUGGAAAGUAUGCCUGGACCGGCACAACUGACAAAGUGCAGGAAGUAUAGACCUGCUACAGUCUUUUUCUCAAAGCCCCCCUUAUCUUUGAAGUAAGGAAACAGUGACUGAGUGCCCUUUAACUUGCUUCUUCUAAGUAGCAAAUGAGCUCCCUUUAGAUCAGAAGUGAACUGGAAAGGAUGAAAAUCUAGUGUUUAUGUCAAAGCUCUGUCUUCUGAAAACUUAAGCUGUACGUUUAAACAAUCCAGUCUUUAAUAAGAUAACAGACUAAGCGCAUUUAAGACUGCUCUUCUUCUAACAGUGGUUCUGUUUUCUUUUGUUCAUGGUCCUGAAGGUGAAAAGCAAGUGAAAGUCAUAGUUGUGUUCCUUGAGAGUGUUCUCUAUAGCCAAUUUGAAGCAGCUAGUGAUUUUAAAGAGCAAAGUUUCAUGUUUAGCAUUUGUUAAAUAAGGAGAACGUUUUCUGCACAAAGGUUUGAUGUCAUGGUGAAAGGUUAGGCAGAUGGUGAUCCACAGAAACUCAAUAUACAAAAUCACAAUCACUAAAACAUUUCUCAAGUCUUUUCCUGAGGAGAAAAGACUCUUUACAACGUUAUGGUAGUCUUUGUCCCCAAAAGCACGUCUCUUGAAUAGAGCUAAAUGUUAAUAUCACAUGCAGGAAGAACUAAAUACCUGUGCAUUGUAAAUCUAGGUAGUGCUGAAACUCUGGGUGUUGAGUUGUAUUGUGGUGCCAUCUAAAUGUUGUUUUAAAAAAAAAGUGGUUCUAAGAUGUCUGCAGUCUUUUCUUGUAUAACUUACUAAUGGUGUCUUUACAGUCUCACAGGACAGGUAACUUGGUUGUGGUAGCUCUUCCUGGAGCAGGCACAGGCUAUGCAAAGGGCAGUCAGAUAGUGUUUGUGAACUGAUUCAAUACUGGAACAAGUUAGUGUAGGUAAUUAAAAACUACUUCUGAAAGAUUGAAUGAGUCAAGUUUAUCAGCAAGCAGGAACAUGCAACCCAAGAACUUGCAGGGUACCAACGAUCUGUCACAGUCUUGAGAUCUGCUGAUAAUGUACUGCCUAUGCUCCUUGCUUUCUGAGAUGUCUAAAGCUGGCCUUUUCUCCUCUGCCUGAAGUUUGUUGCUGCUGUGUGGAGUAGUGAAGCAUUUAAUGUCUUCUAACUUCACUUUAGAAGAGUUGUAUGUGGCAUGGCAGUCUUAAGCUGUAAGUGGUAAAUUGUUUAAAUCAUUGCUGCUGUUCUAUGAGCUGUGCUGCGUUUUUAAUGAUUUGAAUGUUAAUGGUAGAAGGUAGCACUGA